AUGCCCAGCCGAGGUGGGCGACCCGAGGACGGCGCUGGCCUCGUCCCUGCUGAGAGCUGGACCCUGCACAAGGAGGAGCUCAGCAGCAAGAUUAAAGAACAAAAAGUAGUUGUGGAUGAACUUUCUAACCUGAAGAAGAACAGGAAAGUAUAUAGGCAACAACAGAACAGCAACAUAUUCUUUCUUGCAGAGCGAACAGAAAUGCUUUCUGAAAGCAAAAAUAUAUUGGAUGAGCUGAGGAAAGAAUAUCAAGAGAUAGAAAACUCAGAGAAAACCAAAAUCAAGAAAUAG